AUGUCUGAGGGAGAUAACAAACAGGCCUCGGACACUGCAGGCCAGGAAGUGAAGGCAGAGUCUGUGGCAGCUGCACUCACAGGUCAAACAGUGUCGUCUGUGUCUCCCCCUAUGUCCAUGGUCACCCAGCCUCAAGCUACUGCUGCCACAGAGGAUGAGGAAGAGGAGAGCGAGGAUGAGUCAGAGAUUUUGGAGGAAAGCCCAUGUGGUCGCUGGCAGAAACGCAGAGAAGAGGUGAAUCAGCGGAACGUCCCGGGGAUCGAUAAUGCUUACUUGGCAAUGGACACUGAGGAAGGAGUCGAGGUGGUGUGGAAUGAGGUCAUGUUCUCAGAAAGGAAGAAUUUCAAACUACAGGAGGAAAAAGUCAAAGCAGUUUUUGACAAUUUGAUCCAGCUGGAGCAUUUGAACAUUGUGAAGUUCCACAAGUACUGGGCAGAUGUCAAAGAGAACAGAGCGAGGGUCAUUUUCAUCACGGAGUACAUGUCCUCGGGAAGUCUCAAACAGUUCUUGAAAAAGACAAAGAAAAACCACAAGACCAUGAAUGAAAAGGCCUGGAAGCGCUGGUGCACACAAAUACUCUCUGCUCUCAGCUACCUGCACUCCUGUGAACCUCCCAUCAUUCACGGCAACCUGACCUGUGACACCAUCUUCAUCCAGCACAACGGCCUCAUCAAGAUCGGCUCAGUUGCUCCAGACACCAUCAAUAACCAUGUGAAGACCUGUCGGGAAGAGCAGAAGAGCCUUCAUUUCUUUGCUCCAGAAUAUGGAGCUGUUGCCAACGUCACCACAGCCGUGGAUAUCUAUUCCUUUGGAAUGUGCGCCUUAGAGAUGGCCGUGUUGGAAAUCCAGAGUAAUGGAGAUUCGUCUUAUGUGUCCCAAGAAGCCAUAAACAGUGCCAUUCAGUCCCUAGAGGAUCCAUUGCAACGGGAAUUUAUCCAGAAGUGUCUGGAGGUGGACCCCAGUAAGCGACCCACAGCUAAGGAGCUGUUGUUUCAUCAGGCCUUGUUUGAGGUUCCCUUACUCAAGCUGCUGGCUGCACACUGCAUCGUCAGCCACCAACAUAUGAUUCCAGAAAAUGCUUUAGAAGAGAUGACAAAGAACAUGGACCCUAACUUGGUGAUUGUUGAGGUCAAAGACGGAGUUCAGAUGAAGCUCUCUCAGUUUCCUGCACUUGAGCUGGACAAGUUCCUGGAAGAUGUAAGGAAUGGGAUCUACCCUCUGACUGCGUUUGGGGUACCGUCUCCACAUCAACCUCAGCAGGAGGCGGUGAAGUCGCCCAUCGUGCCCCCCUCGGUGAAAACCCCGACUCCUGAACCCGCAGAGCUCGAGACCAGGAAGGUCCUUCAGAUGCAGUGCAAUAUUGAGCCUGUUGAUGAGGGCACCAAGCAUCAUCUAACCUUGCUGUUGAAACUUGAGGAUAAAUUGAAUAGGCACUUAAGCUGCGAUUUGUUACCAAAUGAGAACGUGCAUGAGCUGGCUGUGGAGCUGGUUCAGCUGGGAUUCAUCAGUGAGGGCGAUCAGCCACGACUUGCAUCUGUACUUGAAGAGGCCUUUUCAAAGUUCUACAGCCGGAACGGUUCUCUCAAUCCGGUGACUGUUUCCUCGUAGCGGAGGACUCACUCGGCCUUCUUUCAGCCCUCCUCGUCAUCAGGACUAGCUUUUUGCUCCACCUCUGAGUUGCAGGAAAGCUUUGCGAGGAUAAAGGAGGAAGCCUUGUUCUGGCUGCAGAUCCUGCAGCCUGUUGUCGGAUCUUCUGGUGGGAAAAGCUGCCACUAAGUGGUUCUCGCUUUCUAUCAUGAUUUUUUUUUUCUUUCUCCCACCCAAUACAGCCAUCUGCUUCUCUUUUUAAGAGGGAAUCCUAUUCGCAACUUGAAGGAAAAUACAAUCGUUUUCACUUUUUGGCUUAUUACUUUCAGUUCUCCAGUAGUGAAGAAAGAGGUAAAUAACAUAAAACUGCAUUACAGAAGUAUUUUCCUUAAGUCAGUAUUAAAACUGUAUUUUAAAGAUUUGUACUUAAACUGUUAAAUAGUUGUCUGUAUAAAAAAAAAAACUCUUUUGUCCCGGCAUACUGAAGUGUAUGUAUUACGGUGUUGUGAGGUGAAGUCUGGUUGUCUGGUCCCUUUAAACUUUCUCUUGAGCAGCGGGUGAGGCAACUUCCUACCUUGUAUCAGUUUUCGAAGACUCAAAUGCAUUAAGCCAGUAAUGCAACAGAUGCAACGUCCCUUUUACAUCCAAAUUCUGUAAUUAUACAACGUAGUUAUUAAAUGUGCAGCUGCAACACAAUCUGAAGCAGCUGCAGCUAAAAUAUGAAAAAGUUAAACUAUUUAUUUGUGUAUUUUUCUUGAGCGUGUACUGUAAUUCACUUCCAGCACUAAGGCCGGUGGUUGUUAGAAUGUAUGCUUUUACUUUCUCUCAUCCUUUAAAUCGCGCUGUUAUUUUCUAUGAAAAGGGGGGGGGGGGGGGGUCGUCAGAUGACUGCGGUCCAACUACUACUGUAGCUUCUGUUUGCCAAGUAGCUCAUUGCAGACGUAUCGAUUGCAUCUUGGUUCAAAUUGACAUUGUAAACGGGAGAUGUUGGUUAGAUUCAUGUGCAGAAGCUUUUGCAUUAAAGCACAUGAUCUUGUGGAUGUUUUUCAACAGGUUUGGGGAACGCAUGCUUUUCUGUGUCUAAAUGGAAAUUGAUGCAUGCAACAAGCUUCCUCCUGCAGUUGGUUCAGUUCUCAUCUUAACAGCAACGGGGGAUGGUCAUUUGUCAUGCAGAAGUUUUGUCAGUUGGGAUUUUACGGCUCUGAAUAAUUAGUUUUCUUAGUCCACCCUUAUAUGUUAACUGUUUGGGGAUCUCUCUGUUAGUUUGCACUGCUGUACACUUUUAUAUCCUGUUGGAAAUGUCAUGUGGCCUCUGGCGUCUUCGCAACAGCAGGAGGCUCUAAGAUAAAAAAUAAAAUAUGUAGGCCAUGAUCCAGUCUACUCUACGACUGCCUCCUGACGGGGUCUGUAGAUACUUCGAGAUACAAGUGUGAAACUGCCUGGCAUGCUUGUAACCAUCUUGCACACUAUAUGCUGGACACUGUGCUGUUUCUGCAAUGCAUUUACCCCCUUUUUUCACUUCCUGAAAUAAAUAUUUACACUGUCAGCACUU